GAACUUUCCCGGCCGGAGCCUAAUGGCUGCGCGCGGGCCGCGGUGAGGGCCGGCGGCGGGGCCCCGAGCAGCGCCGCAGCGAGCGAGCGAGGCCGCGCCGCCGGCCGGGCCGGCCCUCCGCCCUCCGCGCCCCGCCAUGCGCCCCGGGGCCGCCCCCCGCUGAGACCGGCCGGGCCGAGCCGAGCAGCCAUGGCGGGGAGGGCGGCCGCCCCGGGCGCCGCGGUCCUGCUGGUCACCGCCAACGUGGGCUCGCUCUUCGACGACCCAGAAAACCUGCAGAGGAACUGGCUUCGGGAGUUCUAUCAGGUCGUUCACGCGCACAAGCCGCACUUCCUGGCCUUGCACUGUCAGGAGUUCGGGGGCAAGAACUAUGAGGCCUCCAUGGCGCACGUGGACAAGUUCGUCAAGCAGAAAGUGAGGUGCUCCCUGGGAUGGAUGUGGGAGGAAGCAAAGGAGCUGAAGACAAGCUGUUACUACGAAGGAACACGGCUCCUCGUCCCCAGCUCCUCCUGCAACAGAGAGCUCCUGUCGAGUGACGCGAUGAAGGAGUUCAACCGGGCCCGUGUCUACCUGGACGAGAACUACAAGUCCCAGGAGCACUUCACGGCGCUAGGAAGCUUCUACUUUCUUCAUGAAUCCUUAAAGAACAUCUACCAAUUCGACUUCAAAGCCAAGAAGUAUAAAAAAGUCACUGGCAAAGAAAUCUACUCGGACACGCUGGAGAGCACCCCCAUGCUGGAAAAGGAGAAGUUUCCGCAGGACUAUUUCCCCGAGUGCAAAUGGUCGAGAAAAGGCUUCAUUCGGACAAGAUGGUGCAUUGCUGACUGCGCCUUCGACCUGGUGAACAUCCAUCUUUUCCACGACGCCUCCAACCUCGUCGCGUGGGAAAGCAGCCCCUCCGUGUACUCGGGUGUCCGCCACCGGGCCCUGGACUACGUGCUGCACAGAAUCGUCGAUCAGCGAUUCGAGAAAGUGUCCUACUUCGUCUUUGGCGAUUUCAACUUCCGGCUGGAUUCCAAGUCCGUAGUGGAGACUCUCUGCACAAAAGCCACCAUGCAGACCGUCCGGGCCGCCGACACCAACGAGGUUGUGAAGCUGGUAUUCCGCGAGUCCGACAAUGACCGGAAGGUUAUGCUCCAGCUAGAAAAGAAGCUGUUUGACUACUUCAACCAGGAAGUUUUCCGAGACAACAACGGCACUGCGCUCUUAGAGUUCGACAAGGAGCUGUCUGUCUUUAAGGACAGGUUGUACGAACUGGACAUCUCGUUCCCUCCCAGCUACCCGUACAGCGAGGACGCGAGCCAGGGCCACCAGUACAUGAACACCCGGUGUCCGGCCUGGUGCGACCGCAUCCUCAUGUCGCCGUCUGCCAAGGAGCUGCUCCUGAGGUCGGAAAGUGAAGAGAAGGUUGUCACCUACGACCACAUCGGACCCAACGUCUGCAUGGGGGACCACAAGCCCGUGUUCCUGGCCUUCCGAGUCGCACCUGGGGCAGAACCUCACGCCCAUGUGCACAAGUGUUGUGUCGUGCAGUGA